AUGACGCCUAUCAUCGUUGUCGUCGCUGAAAACGAGGGCCAACUUAAAUGUGGGAAAUGUCGGAGGGCGGGCAUCCAGCGGAACAUUGCUUUCUACGACUUCAAACAGACGGAGUAUUACUCUGACAAACGGAACAAUGAAGGGAGUACAGACCGUCUGCAUUUUAUGCCGGAUUAUAGUCUUGGAGCGGCAACCAUCAAAGGGAUCGAGGAUCCGGAUGUUUAUCCCAUAAGAGGCCAGACCGUCCUUGUCAGGACACCUUGGGUUAGGUUUGGGAGGACACUUAGUGAACCAGGGGUUGAUGGCAUUUGGACAUAUAUCAUUCCUAGGAGAAGCGGUGAUCCACUCAAAGAAAUAACGGAGGAUAUCCUUAGGAGAUGUUUGGAACUUUGUCCAGAGUUGGUGACGGGCUCUCCUGAGUUCAAGUCAUCUACCAGCGGCCCUGAGGCUGAAGGGGGAGGAACGCCACGCAAGGUGACGGUGGAUGAUCUGAGACCAUUUAUAAUCGAGGAAGGCUGUGGACUUCGUCCUGCAAGGAAAGGAGGCAUUCGCUUUGAAGUGGACUGGCUGUCUGCAGCUGAGAGUACCGAGUCGGGCGCAGAUGAGAAUGGCCGGAGUGGGAAAAUUCCAGUCAUUCAUCAUUACGGGCAUGGUGGCUUUGGAUAUCAAUCGUCCUGGGGUAGUGCGGAAAAGGCUGUUGAUUUGUUGCAGACUGUCUUGUAA